AGCAGGCAGGUUAUUUUUUUUCCUAAAUAGUCAAUCCAAGGGGAGGAUGCUAUUGGGCGUGACGUCCCAAUUGCGCUCCAGUCCCAUUAUGACGCAGGAGCUCGCAGCACGUUCUCCUCCAGUCUGCGCAUCCUCCUCCUAGAUCAGCGCUUAGCUGCAGUUACCUGGUCCUGCAGUCAGUCGAGAGGCUAAUAGCUUAACGUUCCACUCUGACGUGACUGAAAAAAGUAAAGCUGAAGAGUUUUAGCAGCUUUCUUACUCAGCCUGCAGCUUUUUGCGACUUUCUGCUAAAGCGUCAGGUGUUUUGAUUUGAACUCGGACAUGGCUAGCUCCGGAGUCCAGCUGCUGGGCUUCUCCCUCUCUCUUGUUGGCAUCUUGGGGCUCAUCGUGGGGACCGUACUGCCCCAGUGGAAGAUGUCCGCCUAUGUUGGGGACAGCAUCAUCACCGCCGUGGCCACGUACCAGGGGCUCUGGAUGUCUUGCGCCUUUCAGAGCACCGGCCAGCUCCAGUGCAAAAUCUACGACUCCAUUCUGCAGCUGGACAGUGCCCUCCAGGCGACCCGCGCUCUAAUGAUAGUGGGCAUCAUCGUGUCCAUUGCUGGGCUGGGCGUGGCUUGUAUGGGUAUGAAGUGUACCACCUGUGGAGCCGACGACAAAGUGAGGAAGGCUCGCACCGCCAUGACCGGAGGCAUCAUACUGCUGGUGGGAGCCCUCAGUGCGAUUGUUGCAUGCUCUUGGUUCGCCCACAAUGUGAUCCGUGCUUUCUACAACCCCUUCACCCCAGUCAACACCAAGUUUGAGUUUGGUGCAGCCAUUUUCAUUGCAUGGGGCGGAUCUUUUCUGGAUGUUCUUGGUGGAGCAAUGUUGGCUGCCUCCUGCCCUCGGAGCAAGCAGGUAUCCAAGUACCCCAAAAACUCCGCUCGAGCUCCCAGCAGCACCAAGGAGUAUGUGUGACUGCCCUCAGCUGGACAGACAUAGGAACUGCAUGUGACAAAGGAUCCCCUGUAAAGGAAAACUGGAGUGGGCCUGAUGGAUUGAAUUGAAGUAGGUUGGUGGACAACAUGUUUAAUCCAUAAAGAGAGAACUGUGGAAAGUGUUCGAUGUCAGAUGUUAUAUGGUUAUACAGUUUACAUUUUGUAAUGGCCCAAGAUAAAGUAUUAUUAGAUGUUUGAGUGUUACUGGGAACAGAAAAAAGCUCCCUUUCACAGGGAGCUACUGUAUCCUACUAGCUACUAUUUGAGCAAGUCAGACUUGAGUUGAUUAGUGAGGGCUGUUUAGGCAUAGAUGAUGUGAUGAAUUACUGUCGACUCUAGAGGGCAUUACAGGCACUGCAGUUACCUAAAAGGGAAGAUUUCAGAAAAAACAGCAUUGUGCAGUACGAUAAAUAGCCUAAAAAGAAGUAGCCACAUAUGUGAAGCUCUCCAUUUAUAUUUUUUCAAAUAAACUUUGAUGCAUAUUCAGCCAAAACCCUAGACUGUCCAGCAGAUGAGGAAAUAGGGAACAUUCCUACUGGGCAGUCAUGACUUGCUUAAAAGUAGUGUGGAAUUUCCUCUCAGCUCUGCUCCACUCACAAAAACAUAAACAGCCUUAACAUCACGCAUAUGGUAAGACUAAUAUAAUUACCAGGUGUAAUUAUAUUCACUGAGGCUGGUUAUUUUGAUAACAUCCCAACAACUUGCAGGCUUUUACAUUAGAUAAUUACAGGUGGAUAUAUGUAAUCAAGUGGUGUCCUGUUUAUGUUAUUUAGUAAAAGCCCUGUUUUUAGUGAAUCAUAUGCAAUGGAUGGUUACAUUGCUCCGUGUUGUUUUUUUAUACUUUCUUCUGUUUGUUUAUUCACUGCUUCAUGCAUACCAUAUCAUAAAAUGUCCCAAUGCACAAUAAAAAUCCUUAUUUCUUCAUAA